CCACCAUGGAAACCACUUGGCAUCUUGGGGGCUUUUGACUUCUGGUAACUACCGUAGCCAGGUUCUACCCGAUAUUGGUCAGGGUGAACAAAAUGACGGAGGAAUCUGACAUUCCUAUCGAGAUCAUGCUCGAUGGGGGCAGGGACGACGCCAAAGGCCUCAUGGACAAAAAGGGAGUACAGCUUAACUUGAAGACAACUGUAAAAUGUGGCAUUGAUAACGGUGGAUGCAUCAAUGAUGAGGAGAAAAGCCCAGGGUUGGGUGAAAAACACAAGGUCAAGGUCAUAGUUGAAAAUGGAAAAGGUGAUAUACAAAAUGGGCAAAGUCCGGUGAAAAAUGACGGUACUUUGAAUUUGAAGUUAAUGGGUGAUAUUAGCAGGAUGCCGGUUUAUAACGGAGAGAAAUUAGACUUUGGAAAAAUGGACGAGAAAAUUAACAAUAUUUUGAAGAAUGCUGGGAUUGAUAGUGUGACGGGGGAAAAGUUUAAACCUGUCGGGCCGGGGAGUCGGAAAGGUUCGAAAGAUGAGGGGUCAAAACUUAUGAAGGGUUCAAAUGAGCAAUGCAGGAAAGGAGAGGAUGUUUUAUCACCUGCUGAUAGUGAUGAUAUAAAUGAGGAGACAAAGUUAUUGACGGAUAGUUGGGAUGCGAAUCUUGUUGGAAGGAUACUCGACCAGGGGGAUAAAAUCAAGGGCGAGUUGGAAAAAUUAAGGGAAAGGAUACAAACUGUCGACAUCAAAGGAACUAUUUUGGCAAGUUCUUUGAAUUCUCGACGUACAUCGACAGCGAGUCAUAACAGUGGUGAUGCUAUGGCGAGUAGCGAUUCUUUUAUAACGUUGAAAUCAGAUUCUGGGGUCGAGGUUGAAGAUAUGCAGAAAUCUACGAUGGAUUCUAACGUGUUGAUAGAUGGGUGGAAAGUACCCGAAACCAAGGUGUUGAAGUCGUCGUAUCAGAAAGAGUGUCAAUCGGAAUGGAGAGUUCUACAUGAGAGAGGGGUUAUGAAUAUGGGUGAUGGGAGUUACGGAUAUGGAAGCUACUCAUUUCGUGAAGAUUCAGUGAACAAUACACCAGAAAGCCCCAGCAUGAACACCGCAGCAAGACCGCCCCCUGGCGGUGAGGGUUACCGCUCAAUCUCGUCAUAUAGAAAUACCUCGUCAAACGGCCCGGGAUACACGCGACAAAUGUCGGCAGGAAGUGAAUCUCCUCAUUCGUCUAGACUUUCCGUAGCCUCCAACCAGUCUAGUGAUAUAAGAUCUAGGCAGACAAAAACCGUCACAACUGUCACAAAGACGACAACAUCGCGUCAAAUCUACCGCACAGGCUCACCGGGAUCCUACAACCAGGAUUACGUCAACUAUCCAUCAGCGGGCGACCAGGCGCCCUCGCCAGCGCCUCCUUUGGAUAGCGAUCAAAGGUUGAAUCGUUCAUACGAUUAUGAGGUGCCGCCUGGUUACGACGAGGCGCCAUCUUAUAAUGAAUAUGAGCACUAUCCUAGGGCUGUCCAUAAAGCUGUACGAUAUUCUAAACUCUAUGUGAAUUAUACCCCAACGCGCGGGUACAGUGACAGUCCUCAGCCAGGCGGUGGGCAUCCGUCUUACUCGGCGGGGCCACCUGGCAAUAAUUAUGUUAACCUGCCGCAGGCUGAUCAGUACCCUGAUGACGGCAGAUUUAUUCGGCCGCUUGAAGACAGCUAUCGCGACUCGCCUGUUGAUGACCGUUACAGUGGGCCACCACCAGAUGGCAGGUUGUACAGCGAUGGCCACUAUCCAGACAGUUACUCGCCUCGUGAGACACCCAAUCCACGAUAUCCUCGGGCUGAUGACUCAUACAGUAAUCCGCCAGAGGAAGAAAGAUCAAAUCUCCAAAAUAACCGAUACGGAGGUCAACAGCGCUUGGAUGAUAGCUACAGCAAUCCGCCAGAUUCAGAAAGAGGCCGGACAGAACCAUAUUAUCCGCCAGUGGACAAUACCGAUGGUUAUCCAAAUGGUCGUCCAUUUAGACCAUCUGAUUCGCGGGAUUAUGAUUACUACCCGCAAGCCCAGCCAAAUCGUCCGAACAGAACUCCAUCGCCGCAUGGAAGUGAUAGAUACAGCGGUCCUCCACCCUACGACUCAAUGCAGCGUCGAGGGUAUACCGACAGUCCUCAACCCUCACUACAAGGUGCUAGGCCGUACGAUGAUAUACCACGAGAAGAAACAAGAGGACUUCAAGCCCCGCCGGAAAAUUUCAAUCCAGAAUUAUUACGGCGAUCCCCUUCUAUAGAUAGCGACACAAGAGAACCCCGUUGGAGAAAUCCGGACCUUCCAGAAGUGAUAGAGUUCUUAAGCCAUCCAAGUAACAACAUCAAGGCAAAUGCUGCUGCGUAUCUCCAACAUCUCACCUUUCAGGAUGAUGACAUGAAGAGCAAAACGAGGGCCCUGGGUGGUAUCCCAUCACUUAUAGAACUGCUGAACAACGACCUGCCAGAAGUUCACAAAAAUGCCUCUGGAGCUCUUAGGAAUCUGUCGUUUGGGAAGAACAAUGAUGAAAAUAAGCGUGCUAUAAAAAAUGCAGACGGCAUCCCUGCCUUGGUUCGGUUAUUACGGAAAACUCCUGAUAAUGAUAUUCGUGAGUUGGUGACGGCUAUAUUAUGGAAUCUCUCAUCGUGCAAGGAAUUAAAGAAACCCAUUAUAAAUGAUGCAUUGACUGUACUAGUGAACAACGUGAUUAUCCCCCAUUCUGGUUGGGACCCGAACCAGGGGCAAAGUGAGCCCAGGGGUGUCUACUGGUCAACGGUCUUCAGAAAUGCCAGUGGAGUUAUGAGAAAUGUGAGUUCGGAUGGCGACUAUGCCAGAAAGAAGUUACGAGAGUGCGACGGCCUGGUCGAUGCCUUAAUGUUCAUAGUGAAAGCCGCCAUAGGAAAGAAUGACAUCGAUAACAAGUCGGUCGAGAAUUGCGUGUGUGUUUUACGGAACCUCUGCUACGGCUGUCAAGAAGUUGCCGACCCGGAUUAUUUCAAGAAACGUGAUGCGAAGAAACCGGGACAAAAACCAGGCGAACCGGCAGGAGAUAACACAGGGUGCUUUGGUGGUGGCGCAGGCAAGAAGAAUAAGAAAGAUCCGCAGAAGGUUGACCAGAGGAACCGCUCCGACAGUGGGUACCAGAGUGGCAGGACGUUCAAUACCUCAAGAACCGACCCUGUCCGCGGCAUGGAGCUGCUGUGGCAGCCCAGUGUCGUACACAUCUAUCUGCCUUUGUUAUCAGAUUGUUCAAAUCCGGAGACGCUGGAAGCUGCUGCGGGGGCAAUUCAGAAUCUGGCUGCGUGUGAAUGGGAACCGUCCAUAGAAAUUCGCCAGGCUGUCCGAAAAGAAAAGGGCCUGCCGAUCAUCGUAGAGUUAUUGAGUAUAGAAGCUGACCGUGUAGUAUGUGCCGCUGCGACUGCCCUAAGGAACCUCGCUCUCGACGAUCGAAAUAAAGAAUUGAUAGGAAAAUAUGCGAUGCAAACGCUUAUUAAGAAACUUCCGAAUAGUCGGGGUCAAAAGAUGGAUUACCCGGUCUCGGAUGAUACGAUUGCUGCCGUCUUGGCCACACUGUAUGAGAUUGUCAAGAAAAAUGCCGAUUUUUGCUCAUCCGUUCUCACUGAGGGUGGCAUUGACAGCCUUAUACACAUCACCCAGUCGAAGGGGAAAUAUAGCGCUAAGGUUGUGAAGUUUGCCGCCUCGGUACUGAUGGCCAUGUGGCAGUUUAAGGAACUACAACCGGAGUAUAAGAAGAAGGGAUACAAGGAGCAACACUUCGUUACGAAGACCAUGGCUGCUAGGAGUCAUUCUGGCCAGCCGCCAGUGAGUGCCAACAGCACUCUCAUCCGACCGCGCCAAGACCAGUCUGGGCCUGUUAAUGAAUUUAACGCCAACACACUGCCGCCUAUUGAGAGACACAGAACUAAUGAUGUGUCUGCGAUGUCACAAGAUGCAGACUAUGGUGGUCAACAGCCAAGGUUUGCCGGGGAUCCAUAUGGUCAAAACCGGUCAGAAACAUACGGCAACCAGAUGAUGGACCCGUACGCAAACCGGACAGACCGGGAUAAUUACAGCGAUCGAGUUGGCGACCAAUACGAGGCACACUUUGAAGACCAACUGGAUCGAGAUUAUCCUCCUAAUGAAAACAGGCAAGAUGACCGAUACGGGUCAAAUCCACGCGAAAAUUACGAACGUGAUGAUCGGUAUCAUGAUGAUAUUAAUCCAUACGGUGUCAGCACGAAUGCUUAUACUGGACGAGAUGAGAGCCGGUUACACAAUGAUAGCCGGGAUGUUGAACCAUAUCGGCAAGAUUCUUAUAGGGGUGAAGAAAUACAAAUGAAUGAGAUGAAUCCGUAUGAGAGUCGGCAUGAUUCCUACCGGCCGCCAGCAGGUGGCAUCGCAGUUCUACCCCAACAGGGGAACGCACGUAACGAUGAGCCGUUGUAUGCCAGGGUGAACAAAAGUAUGAAGACGUCGAACCGCGAUGGUCCUCCGCAUCACAUGGUCCUCACUGACCAACACGGAGGCGGAGGGGACGGUGGGGCAGAUUCAUGGGUAUAACACUCGUAUCGAGGUUUCAAAAUCUUGAAAAACUGUUUGAAAGUUCGCUGUGGUGCUCUUUUAUUUGCUCGGAUUCCUGGUACAGACUUUGGUAGCAUUGUUACGCCAGCAGAAGUGCUUAUUGCUGUUGUGUUUGCGGCAAUUAAGGCACCAGAAAACCUACAAAUGAAGACUAUUCAACGAGGAUGAUAUAAAAAAGUGGGAGAAUAUUCAUUUUGGAUUACAAACGAUGAAUUGAAUAUUCGUUGUGUAUGAGAAUAUAGUGAACAGUGGGUCCAGUCAGAAGUUCCUUUAGACUUUUUAAAGGAGCUCAAAUAUAUUUUCAGUAGAAAUUAAUUCAUUGGAAGGAAUUUAGGAUAGUUCGGACAGCUACAAUAUGGGCUGUUUCGGGGCCAAGAGGCAGAUAUUUGACGAUGAGGACCAAGAGACCCUGAAUGGAUAUAAAGAUAAAUGCUGUCUGGGCUAAAAAAACAUUUCUGAAUUCUGCCCAGUGUAGUUUGUAGCUUCAAUGAGUAAUGAUUAUUCAAACGAGUAGAACUAAAGAUUAGGAUUGUGUUGGAUCAGUUUUCAAGAGGAAUCAAUCGCCAUCUAGACAAUGGAUUAUAUAUUGAAAUGCGAUAUUUGAUAUUCGUAAUGAAAUAUUUUCUAUGUAUUAUUGAUGCAAUGCAAAAAAACAGUUUCGUCAGUAGGGUUUAGUGGAAUAGUUUCCCGACUAAAGUUAAUUUAACAGAUCUGAUGACUUUCAGGAAUUUAACCAUUGUGCUUUGAUUAGGUUUACCAUGGAGGUAACUAGCAAACAAAGGAAUACGUAAUUAGCAAAGUAAAUUAUAGUCAUGCUGCCAGAUUCGGGGAGUGUGAUGUCUGCUUUCAUAAUUAGUACUGUAAAUCGCGAAAUAUUCAUGCAUAUUUAAUAUUUGCAUUCUAAAAAUUUUUUCUCCAAUUUUAUGUUGGCGUAUUAAGAAAUUCCUUUCAAUUUUCAAAUUUAAAAAAAAAAUUUUUUUUUUAAAUUGUGAUUAUUCGCAAAAACGAAAUGUUCAUAAAGAUUUGGCAGUUACAGCACUGAUAGUUAUUCUAAUUAUGUGACCUGAAUCGGGGCCCCAGUGAGAUGACAUGUAACAUGAAUGCGCCAUUCAAACAAGAGAUUUUUGGGCAUGUGAUGGUGAUUUGACCAAUCUCAUUCCACGAUUUUUGUUCCUGUUUGGCAAAUAGACCCAAUUAUUAUAUAAUUGGGUAAAAAUCACGUCUUUGCACAUGAGAUUUAGGUCCGUCAGAGAUUCCUGCAAUUGAAACAAUGUUGUAGAGUUCAUAAUGAAUGUAAUAACAUGGGCGUAGGCAAAAAAGGCUGUUACAGUAAUAUGUAUGUAAGAAUGUAUUUAGUAGAGGCCUGUAUUUGGCUUUAGUUGUAUAAAAAUGUAGAUGUUGAGCCUUAUGAGACAUAUCAAAAGAUUGAAUGUUUUUGUUUCAGUGCGUUGAUCAGCUAAUUAACAUAUUCAAAUGGAAGUGUGCUCAAAUCGAUCUAAGGAAUUUGCCAUAUUCUGUGUGCGAAUAUUUUGUUCAGAUGUUAUCAUCGGUUUCAAAUUUAGUUUUAUAUUUGUGCCUAAAGUAUUAAUGGAAUGAUGCAGUGCAUGUACAGUGAUCUGAUUUUGUGGACAUCAGCUCAUGCUUCCCUCAAAAUUUUGACCAGCAUCUUAUGAUUUUCCCAUACUAACAUUAGAGGGGCUACUGGGGACGGUGGGGUUGGGCACAAACGUAGUCCCUCAUAUGCCAUUCGACGUCGCCAAAACGAAGAUUAUAGAUAAUGCUUGUACGUGUUCUUCUCAUUUUAAUGUGGCCACUGCACAUGCAAGUACGUGUAGGUACCCAGAAUAAUGCGACUAAGAGUACGACUCAAAAAUAUUUGUACAUACGCAUGAACUCAUAUCAAACCAGUCCUUAUAUUCACAAAAUAGGCCUGGUUUAGUUAACAUAUCACCGACUGCCUCUUUGGGUUGACCUGCUUUAGCCUGACGUGUCAGUGAAGAUUUACAGCAACUGGAUUUUUCUAAUGCAUAUCAAACCGGAAAGCAAACAAUCUUGAUAGUUUUUUUCUAAAACCUGCAACCUUGAGGCUCCUCCUGAACAAGUUUAGAGUAACCUCACACUGUUUAUUUUGCAUCAUGGGUAAAACUAUUGAACUCAACUGUAGUAAUCAUUAAAUGAUACACGUAAUAAUGAUAAAUUACUUUGCCCAAACGCAAAUGGCAACCAGUUGUUUAGUAGAUUUUUAUACGAUUGUCACUUACCCUGUUUUGUCCUCACAUAUAUAUCUAUGUAUCGACACGAUUUGAAUGAUAUGCAUCUCCUGCAAAAUAUGGACUAUAGUUCAUUUCACAAAAAUGGUGUUGCAUGCAUACAAGCCUAAAACAGCUGGGAAAAGUUUGCUUCAAAGAACGCUUUAUGUCCUUGACUUGGCGUCUUGAGAAGUCAAAGACUAUAUGUUCAUAGGAGAUGAGACCUAGUGGAGAAUAUUCCCUUCAAAAGCACCUCGCAUUUCCCACUUUUGCACUGAUAAUAAAUAAACGUUCCAAGUUCUGUGUUUGUGAACUGUGCUAUUGGACGCUUAACAAUACAAAUAAAAAUCUGGAGAAACUUUAUCUGUUAUUACGCACAUUUUCCAUCCAGACGUCCACACUUCAGAGGAGUGAACCAAGGGAGUAACACCUCAGAAAUCAAGGAGAUUUUCCAUCAGGUUCAGCCCGUUUCAUAUGUUGUAACCUCUCAUGCGUUUCAUAAAAAGUGUGUAUAUUUUAUAAAAUAUGGGUUUGAGACAUGUUCUGUUACCAUGUGAACAUUAUUCAUGUACAGUGUACAUCGUUACUGUUCUCAACAUCUAUUUUGUCAGAAGGCUGCUUCAUGUCAAAGCAUCGAUUGAAUACUAGCUGGUAUAAAACCAUAUAACUUUGGAUUUUCUACUUAAUUGUGGUACACUUAAAUAUUUCGUUCACCAAACUCACAUUAAAAAUAUUUCUAUUGGCUUCGGACUUAAAUUACCUGAACAUUGCUGACUCGGUUCCCAAACAAAUUUCGGAUAACCUUCUUUUCAGUCAUGCCUCAAUGAGGUUAGAAAUAUUUUUAUCUCACAAAUUUCUUAAUGGCAGUAACAAUUGAAAUGUGCCAAGUUUGAUUUUAAAAGGCCACUGCUUUUGAUGUCUGUACAAAAAAGUGUGUGAAGAUACCAUGAUUAUAUAAACCGUGUAGCGGAGUGGACUUCACGCCAAGUCUGUUACCGCUUGUGGAAAAAGCACCGUCUCUAAACAUACUCUUGAAAGAGUACCGUACUGAAAUCUUAUUCGCUCAAACACUUGAAACAUAAAGAGAGCUGUUCGGAAACGCUACAGUAUCUUGAUUUUAUAUGCAUGUAGUAUGAGUUUAGACACUUGUCCUUUAUGGACGAAAAAUUGCACCUCUAUUCUACUUUGAAACAUAGUGAGAAAGCCAUGUAUAUUUCAAAUGAAAAGAAAAGAGGAUCCUAUGGUUGAUAAUGGGCUGGAAACUGUACUUAUCCGGCUGUGCAUUAGAAACCAUUAUCUAUCCCUAGAGGACCUGUUGCAGACAAUAUACUAACUUAUCAGUCCUAAUAGAAUAAUAUACGAACUGGGCCAUGAAUUGUACAGCUAAGAGUAGUAUUUAGAUUAUUAUUGAACUAAAUGUUGCUAUGGUAAUCUAUUGGACUGUAAACAUUAAAAUGUAGACUGUUUUUAACUUUAAGAAAUUUUGUAUAAUUGAUGCUGAUUUAAGUCAUACGUUCGUUUUGAAGGUAAAGGAGAAUAAAAUGUAUUUAGUGCCUAAA